AAAGCAUCCUCUUUGCACGCGGAGGUGCUGUCAUGUAGCCACGAGCCCCUCUACCCUUCGCGAGUACUCCGCGCGAAUACUCUUCGAGCUUUCUUCUCUAAUAUAUACACCUUUUUAUUUUAUUUUCUUCGUCAAAGUGCCGAUAAACUGUCAGUGAAACCGAUAGACGACAGUGGCCAUAAGCGGGACCGCGACGUUGAUUGUGUCGGGGCCCUCGCUCAUAAAGAAAGAAAAAAACAAAAAAAAAAAAAAAAAAAAAAAACAAAACAAAAAGAAAAACGAAAACAAAAAAAAUAGAAAAUAAAAAAAAACAAUAAAAUUAAAAUAAAUAAAACGUCGAAAACGACGUGCCCCAAACUAAGCGAGUUAUGAAAUUAAUCGCGUUUCUUCUUCUUCAGGUGAUCAGAGUGCAGCUAGUGAGAUGUCAAGGAAAUGGUGGUGGUGGUCCAAGUACUUUCGGAUACGACGCAUCAUCAGCGUGCAGCAAACCAUAUUCGCGUGCCGGACGUACAAUUGCAUUCGCAAUCGUUAAUCUUCCAUGUGACUUUCGCCGGCAGAGUUGGUGCACGAUCGCUGGUAGCUCCUAUCCCUGGCAUGCUGUACGUCGUUUUGUACAAGAAAAUCAAGGUCUGAUGAGACGUAUGUAUGGCGAUGAAAAAUAUAUAAACGUUUUGAAGGCAGAAUUUGAGAAGAACGACAUAGAAUUAAAGUAUGAUGAUUACUAUCAUCAUUUUUCCGAUGACUCUAGGGGAUAUCAAUACGAGGACGAAUUUGAUUCGAUAGAAGACGAAGAGAGGAUACUAAGAGUCGAUGGCGAAGAAUAUGGGGGUCGUAGUUUCACUAGUAGAUCCUUUAACGAUCCUACAACUAAGAGAUUUGGUAAAUUUCCAAAAUUGAACGAAUACACCAGAUUGAGAGCGACCGACGAUUCCUCCACUAGCACAACAACAAUGGUAACUUCUUCAGCGACGAGUACAACAACGUCAUCGACUACGAUAGUGUCUUCCAUGGGAUCUUCGACUACGCCGGUAACCUCGACUAUGGUUGCUUCAACAACAGCUUCAUCAUCUAGUGUUGAUGUUACUACAAAAGAAAUCGAUAGUACACAAUCCUCAGCUUCAACUACACUUAAAAGAGUGGACAACGAAGUCGAAGAAAAAAACGAAACAGUUAUACACACGCAGAUCGUUCGCGAGCAGAAUUUAAGCAUCAACGAGAUAUCCGGACAAGUUGAUAGAAUAGAUGAGAAGAUUGAUGAAAAAGUUGAAGACAAGUUGGAAGAGCCAACGGAACAAACGGAAGUACCAGAAUUGGACAUUGAGGAUGAUUCGAAUAUUGAGAGUUUGGAUGCGCCAACUUCGUCAACAGUUUUCACUAAAGAUUCCUUCGACGUAGGCAAAGAAACGACUAUUCACGAGACCUUUGUCAGUGAUGAUCAACAGAAAUUCAGACCGCGUCCAGAAUAUAGACCGUCGACGAGACCAGCAACGGUAAAUAUGGAAGGUCAGCUUUAUCAAGACGUUGCCGCGAAGGAUCAACAACAGGAACAACCUGUUUUGAAACUCCGUGGAGUAAAUGCUUGUCCUGUAAAAGAAGAAGUAGUAGCACCAUUUUGGGCUAAUAAUACUAGAGGCGAGGUACUUGCUCUCCUUAAUCUUUAUCCUUUUGAACAAUACGUCCAUUGGGAGAAGUGCACACACGAAAACAAGCAGAUGUACUGUAGGGAUGGAUGCAGAUGCGAACAGCAGUAUAGACUUCAUAGACUCUUAGCUUAUGAUCCCAAUAACGAGUGUCGUGGCAUAUUCAGCGAUUGGUUCAAGUUUCCAAGUUGUUGUGUUUGUCGCUGUUACGACUUGCCUCUUGAAUUUCGGGUUACGUCGCGAUCGCCUCGCACUCAAAAACAAAGGCUCAGGGUCCAGCCACCUCGUUCUAGAUUCUCCUAAUAUUAAAUGACAGAAAAUAUACAUAGUGAGCCACCGAAGAAAGUACACAACGAAAUUUAGGUACUGUAUAUUGUUUCACUUCAAAACCGAUUAUUACAACAAAUUAAACGUAAAAGACUGUUUUAAUAAGAAAAAUAAGAAAAAGUGAAGCAAUUUGUUUUGUUAGUUCACAUGAUGACGCACCCUGUAUAUAUAUAUAAUAUAUAUAUAUAUAUAUAUAUAUAUAUACACACAUAAUAUACCUAUAAAUG